AUGGAAAUAGAAAUUACGGCACACAGCGUAUGCCACACGAUAACGUUACUGGACGUCCCGCGUUGGAACGACCCUAGGAUCGAAGCUGUGCUUAGAUGCCACUACGCAAAACAAUCCCUAGACCCUCCAUUACACUCAGUCAAGUGGUAUCGAGGAACGCACGAGAUCUUCAGAUAUACACCACAAGAGUACGAAACAAGAGCUUUCAAUAGUAGCGGGGUCUCCAUUACGAAUAGUUCCUGCGAUUCGAUGGCGUGUGUGAUCCAGAUCAAACCGGAAGCUGGCACAGCAAAGUACACUUGCGAAGUGUCAAGUGAAGGUCCAAGGUUCGCUGUAGAUAAGAAAUCUGCUAAUAUGACUUUAGCGGUGUUACCAGAGUAUGAGCCACUCAUUACUGGUCUACCAACAUUCGUGAAUGCGGGAGAGCAAGCAUUCGUCAACUGCACGUCAGACUACUCCCUACCUGCUGCCACGAUAGAUUGGUUCGUGGAUGCUGAACCGCAAGAGGAUCCAGUGAUAACAGGAGAGACGCACGUCUCAGGAGCAGACGGGGAUGGUCUUCGGGCUUCUUGGAGAACCCUCCACGUGUUCCCUGACGACUAUUCCACACAUCGUGGGUACUUAGCGUUGGAAUGUCGCGCGACUUUACCCACAAGGCCACCCCACAUACGCAGUAUGGCUGUCAGGCUGUACGUGGCUGGCCGGCCGCACAUAUCAUCUUAUAUGUUAAGUAAAAAUAAUGCUGUUGCAAAGAGUGCUGCUUCAAAAUUACGAAAUGAAUUUUUUAUAUGGACGUUUUUCCUACUGUCGAGACGAGUAGUGCCUUGUUUG